AUGGAUAGGAUAAACGAGGAAUGGAGAACGAGGAAAUCACAGGAAAGAGACAUCGAUAGAGAAUACAUAGAGGACAUUGGGACUAUACAAGCAUACGCAGAUGAUCAGGUCAUUAUAAUAGGAGGGAAAUCGUCUAGAGAAAUAGAGCAGAAAUGGAAGGAAAUAUGGGGGGGAUGUAGUGAAUGGGAAGAACAUAGCGGAGUGAAGUAUAACAAGGAAAAGAUGGAAAUAAUGUUCAUAAGCAAGGGACGCAAAAUAAGACCACCAACAAUUAAAAUAGAAGGACAGACCAUAACACAUGGAGAGACAAUCAAAUAUUUGGGGCUGAACAUAGACAGAGGAAUGACGUUUUUGAAACACACUAAAGAAAUGAAUAGAAAAAUAGAACAGAUAUCAAACAAGAUAAUAGGACUGAUCACUAGAACAUACGGACACGACAAACAAAAUUUUAAAUGUAUAGCAGAGAAUGUGAUAAGGCCAGCGGCACUUUAUGCAUCAGAAAUAUGGGGAAUUAAUGCUGGACGCGAAGCAAACAAAAGACAAAUUGAAGCAGCACAAAGACCAUUACUACUACUAAUCAAUAGAACAUACAGGACAACAUCAACAGCGGCACUGCAGGUACUAGCGGGUAUAUCACCAUGGUGGAUAGAGGCGGAGCAGAAGCACAUACACUGGAAUGAAAAUCUAGAAGACAUGUACAAGACGCGAGUUAAAACGAAAGACAGAGCUCAUCCAGCCACGUACCUAAUAACAAAAAAUGAGGAUAAUUUAGAACAACGUCACAGGGAGAUCAUAUACGUAGAUGCAAGUUGUAAUGGAGGAAAGACAGGAAUAGGUAUUUGUUAUGGGGAUAAGAGAGUAAGUAUUAGAACAAGCGACGGGAUGGACAUACACACGGCGGAACAACUAGCAGUUAAGAUGGCACUGGAGGACAGGGGAGUUAGGGCAAUGGACAACAUAAAACAAAUUGAGGUACGAAACGGUGAAGGGAAAGACACAUAUAUAAUAUGGAGGAAAGGAAAGCACUAUGGAACGGAUGAGGAAGCAAUAGCACACGAACUAGCAAGACAGGCGACAAAAAGAAGAACCAUAGAUGUAGAGAACAGACAAUACACGUAUAAAACGAGACAGCAAAUGAAGGCGGAAAAUUAUGGGAGGUUAAUGGAGAGGUGGCAAAGGACUUGGGAUAAUGGAAGUAACGGAAAAGAACUGUACAAACACUGCAGACAAGUGGGCAACGAGAUAAUACAGCUCAACUUCAAGGCAUCGCAGUUGAUGACGGGUCAUGGAAACAUGGAGUCAUACAAGAAAAGGUUCAAGUUGAAGGAGACAACGGGAAAAUGUGGUUGUAACAGAAACGAGGAAGAGGACGCUACACAUAUAAGACAACAUUGUACAUUUGAUUUCAGACAAACAGCAAGAGAAAAUAUAGAAAAAAAAUAUGGAGACCUAAUGGUUCAAUUGAGGAAGGAUGGAAGAAAAAAAAUGACACAGACAUACAGAAGGCUAAUGAGUGGGCAAAUGAAGUAA